AUGGCUGAGUUCCUCGAAAACAGCCAAGUGGGAUCGCAAUUCGUGUUUGGUUCAUUACAGUGUUUCGCCUUUGCAGUCCUCCCGGUGGUUAUAUUCUUCUCAUCCUUCAUGGCCGUCUGCUUCCAUCUGGGCAUUGUUCAACUCUUAAUUGACAAACCAUCAAAAAUUGCGGCAAAAGUCAUAAAAACUACGGGCCCGGAGACUCUCAAUGCCAUUGCAAACAUUUUCUUUUCAAUGACAGAAGCUCCGUUGAUUACACGGCCGUACUUGGCCAUGUCCACCAACUCCGAGCUGCAUGCAAUGAUUGUCAACGGAUUCGCCUCCAUCGCGGGCUCCGUUCUAGCCGCAUUCAUUAGCUUUGGGGUUCCACCAAACCACCUCCUUAUUGCUUGUAUCAUAUCUGCACCCGCAGCCCUUGCUGUCUCCAAAAUCAUUUAUCCUGAAACAAAAAUCUCGCCUUUAGCCAAUUCCGAAAUUUCUCUCAAAAUGAAAAGUCCCUACAACAGCGCUCUUGAAGCAGCAAUGGUGGGCGCCAUGGAGGCGGUCCCCAUUUGUGCAGGCAUCACGGCGAAUUUGAUUGCUUUCCUCAGCAUCUACAACUUCCUCAAUCGGAUUCUCGUUUGGCUGGGAAAGCGAGCCAGUCUGCAGUUUGAUCUGACCUUUGAAGUGAGUUCGUUGCAAAAGUUAUGA